AAGAGAGACAGGCACAGAUGGAGAAGAUGAAAUUGGAGAAAGAAGCAGAGGACAAAGAGAAACAGAGACAGGCACAGAUAGAGCUGAAAAAGAUGGAGAUAGAAUGGGAAAGACAGAAGCUGACACUGUCUCAGCCUUCUGUGGAGGCACAACCAGGGACUCCCAUCAUUAAUCCUGUUGAUUCAGCCUUAAAGAGGUUUUCUAAAUACACUAAGGAGGAUGUGGAGAUGCAGCGGAUUGAGCUCGCACCACUUUUGAAAAUGCCAUUGUGCCCAGGGGAUUCUUGGUACCUGAUUGAUUAUAAGUGGUUCAAAAAGUGGCAGAGAUAUGUGGGUUUUGAAAGCUGGGACCUGUAUUAUGCAAGAAAGCCUGAUUACUACCCAGGACCCAUUGACAACUCAAAACUUUUUGAGGAUUCAGAAACUCAAACUUUAAAAAAGUAUCGCAUGAAUGGAGUGGAUUAUGAGGUGAUUCCUAUUGAAGCCUGGAAUAAGUUAGUCAAUUGGUAUGGCUGUAUAGAGGGACAGAGACCAAUUGAGAGAACGGUUGUGGAGUAUGGCAAAUAUUUCAAGUGCUGUAAAGUAGAAGUUUAUCCUUUAGAGUCGAAGCCAUCUCAAAAUAACGACUCUGUUAAUUUUGUAAGCUCACAAUUUAAACAAGCAAAAGAUUCUGCUGAAGAUGGAGGAAUCGUAAAUCUCCAAAAGAAAUUAUCUGAGUCACAGCUUGAGAUUCAUUACGUGGCUGAGGUAAAUGUGUCACCAGUGGCUGAGAUUCCUGUCCAAUACCAUAGGGACACAGGAGUGGAGCAAGCUGAAGUAAUUGGGGAUUUAGAAGUGCCAGUCAUUAAUGAAAAUGAUUUGUUUGAACACCGUGGAGAAAUUAAUACUGUUAUAAAGAGUAAUGGUUUAAAAAGUGACUGUGCCUUUACAAAAGAUUUGCCAGAGAAAGAUGGUAACAUGAAGUUGCUUGGUGCUAACAGAAAAAACAAUGUGGUUCCCAGUAAAGAUGAGAAGGAAGAUGAAGUUCUGAGGGAAUUUUGGGAAAUGACUGACUCUAUUUGCUCAGUGGUUACCUCUGUAGUCAUUACAAGUACAGAGCAUGGUCAGCAGUUGUGGCCAGAAAAAAAUUUACCUCAGGAAACCACCAAAAUUGAUCCAGUUAAGUUGCUGUGCGCAGGAGAGCCUAAAGGACCGGUGGAAACCUGGAAGGAGGACAGAUCAGUGACCGGUACCUCAAAGAACACCAUUGUGAGAGGAAAGAUGAUGGACAUCUUGAGCCUGUGGGUCAUCGCCAAUCGCAGGGGACCAAGAGACCGGCAGAGGUUAUUUUUCAACGGAGAGAGUUCUGAGAACUUCACUGCGGCAGAGAUUGGUAGUUUCAACUAUCAUCAGUUUACUUUCAAUGUUCUACGAAAGUACAUGAACUAUGUUUCCCAGGACUUCUUGAAUGACUCUUGGAAGUUUCGCAAAAGACUUUUUGGAACAGAGAGAGUUCAUUGUGUUGCUGGGAAAGAUGAGUGUAAUUGUCCCCAACAACACGUUAACCUCUGGAAUGCUCUGCAGAGUGAAACAUCGAAGAACUGUACCAACUGGGCUGGAGAGGAAGAUUGCUAUGAGUUGGACAAAGUGUCUGGAAGAUGUUUUGGUCCAGUGUAUAAAUAAAGACUUGGGAGAUAACCCAGAAUAAAAAUUAAACUGUUAGAAAUAUGAUUUAUGGAAAAUGUAUUUUAAAAUGUCUUUUGAUUUGGGGUUGGGAAUCUUAAC